AUCUCGCAGUGCAGGCUGUAGUAUCAAUAGUAGCAGAGGGAUAACAUGAGAACUAUGGUGCUGUGGGGCCUGUUGGCCUUUCUGUUUCAGCAAACACUGGUUAGCAGCCACAUACUGGGAAGGCCCUCCUCCACCAGUGAACUAACUCAGCUCAAGUCUUUACUGGACCAUUUUGAAGAGACUCUGGCUGAAGUAGCUGAGGAGGAGGACUCUGAAGCUGAUUAUGAAGGGAUAAACAAAAAACCUGAGCACAGCCAGUCCAGCCAAGGAUGGAGCCUGGACCGGGAGGGGAACCAAGAACUGCUGAUAUCAGAAAGAGCUCCAAAAGAAACUGAGGGCCACAGUCAGAGAAGUCGCCUACAGGACUUGCUGAUGACCGCCAGAAAACGGGCCUCUGGCUGCUUUGGAGCCAGAAUGGAUCGAAUAGGAAAUGCCAGUGGUCUGGGAUGCAACAAUGGAAGAGGAUAGUUUGGCAGUUUCCUCAGGCACAUGUUGGACUGUGAUGUUGGAACUGAAGAUCCAACUAAAAACAUUGGAAAUGUAUGGAUUGGCAGUGACAGUUCAACUGUGUAUCUUUGUGUGUGUGUGUGUGUGUGUGUGUGUGUGUGUGUGUGUGUGUGUGUGUGUGUGUGUGUGUGUGUGUGUGUGUGUGUGUGUGUGUAUGUGUGUGUUUGUGUCUUUCAUUGUUUGAAGUGACAAGUCAGCUGUUUGCAAACUCUGUAAUGAAUACUGCAGUCUGUUAGACUAAGUAACAUGAGCAUGUUAAAAGAAACAAAUUAACUACAUAAUGUAACUGCACGUUGUUAACAAACAUAAAUAAACAUUUUUUUCAUAUGAAAAA